UCUGCAUUAAUGUACUUUUCAGAAUACAAGAGUCAAAAAUGAGAAUCUUACAUGUGACAACAAUAACUUUAAUAUCCUUUUUGAUCUGUCGGGCAACUGGGGAAAAGAUUAUCUCUAGUGUGGGGAAAGAACUUGGCUAUGCUACAACAUCUGUUUCAGUUUUAGGCUCUUUAACAAGCUGGUCAGUUUGUUUCAGAUUUAGACCUAAUAGUCUGAAAAGAUACUCAACUAUUGUCGACAUCUCAAGGUCUGUCCCUGGUUCCCUCUUCAGAAUUUUUUUACUUGAGAUUACUCAUACCUUUUUUGUUGCAAAUGGUGUCUCCUAUCUUCUGGAAGCUCGGAUACACAUACUUCAAUGGAAUGGCAUAUGUUGCCUAUAUGAUGAUAACAAAAAAAGGAUUAAUAUGAUAGUUAAUGGAGACAUAUUCCAAUAUAAUUCUUCAUUAGCUAUCCUCAAUGCUGACAAUGAAAAUUCUGUAAAUGAUAUUAUACUUGGAACAGAUCAGUCCAAAUUAAAAAACUACAGAGGAAGAAUUGCCAAGUUUAAUAUGUGGAACAAGGCAUUAGAUUUGCAAGAUGCAAUUGACUGGACCUGCUGCAAAAACUGGAAUAAUGGAAAUGUAUUUGAUUGGAGUAGAUCUUCCUUAGACUUGAUAAAUAUGCAAGAAACUACAAUUUCUGAUGAAGUACUCUGUUCCCUUUCAACACCUGGAAUCAUUAUAGUACCAGAAAAAAUGACAUACAUGAGCAUGAAACAAUUUUGUAAUAAACUUGGAGGAAGUAUUUACAGUAUACCAUUUGAGAGCAAAAUCAAUGAUCUGAUUGAUAUGAUUAAAAGCUACAGCAAUACAACUUGUGAUCCCAUGAAAAUGCUUGCUGCAGGUUAUACAGAUGAAAUAAAAGAUGGAGUAUUUGUUGGUGAAGAUGGAGAGGUAUUAGAUAAACUAGGUUUCAAGACAGGGGAACCUAAUGGGGGGCGAAUAGAGAAUUGUGCCAUGGUUUCUACAUCAUCUUUAAAAUUUCAUGAUGUUGCAUGUGAUGAGGAUGCUGGAAGCCUUUGUGGUUUUUGUAAGCUCCCAGAAAUUCCUGCAUUUGAGUUACGAGGAGAUCUUUUGAACAUUGUAGUAGAUAGACAGUACUUCUGGACUAGAGAGAUUUACAAUGGAAAGUAUGUGUUUAAAGGUAUACAAGAGAAUGAGUUAAGGUAUCAGAAAUCUAAAUGGAUUGUUGUAGACUCAUCUGAUAAACAAAUCAUUUUUUUGGAUACCAAGAAAUACCCUUUUGGGAAGAGUACAUGGCAGGUGACAGAGUCAGGUAUACAGCUAAUGCUAAGCUUUGAUGGCUGUACUGGGAACCAAUUUAACUGUGAUGAUGGUAACUGUAUUGAUAUUAAAGAACGUUGCAAUGGAAGAUAUGAAUGCUUUGAUCAAAGUGAUGAAACUAACUGCAGCACAGCAAUAAUUCAACCAUCAUAUAAAAAGUUUGUUCCUCCCCUGUCAUCAAAAGACACUGAGGGCCCACUUGUGAUAGAUUUGUAUUACUUUAGCUUGGUCAUUCUUGAUAUUAUUGACACUCGCUCAUUAAUGACAAUCCAAUUUGGCCUUUUCUCUAAAUGGAGGGACUCAAGAGUUGAGUUUGUGAAUUUAAAUAAAAAUAUGAACACUACACUAAUUGGAGAUGAUGCCAGUAAACUUUGGACUCCAACUUAUACCAUGUAUAAAACUACAGAGGUCAACAUGAUUGAAGACUACAGUUUUCAGGAAUUGUUUGUCAAGCCAGACAUCCCAGGAUUGGAGUCAGAUAUUACAGAUGUUGAAAAAAGAAUAUUAUUCAAAGGAUCUGAAGUAGACAUCUUCAAAAGACAGUGGUUUCGAUCUGAUGUAAUUUGUGAUUUUGACUUUCUUGAAGAUUUUCCCUUUGAUGACAAUGUUUGCUCUUUUCAAAUUAUGAUCCAUGGAACAUCAAUGGGUUGGUAUUUACCUUUGGACAAUCUGAAGAUGAACAUUGCAUUUCAAUUAAAAUAUAAACCCUUUGAGACUGGUAUGUAUAUGAUAGAGAGACAAACCGUAGAAAUAACAGAGGAAGCAGGAAUUUUUUUGGUUAAGGUAUUCUUAAAGCGUAAGUUUCUAAGUGUCUUCUUGCAGAAUGCCUUGCCAAGCAUACUGCUUUCCAUAAUUGUCUACAUGUCAAACAGCUACUAUAAGGAAAAAUUUGAAGCAGCCAUAACUGUGAAUGUAACCUGUCUCUUGGCCAUGUCUGGAAUUUUUAUAGCAGUAUUUCAGAGCCUGCCAAAAACACCUAGCAUCAAAACUAUUGAUCUGCUACAAAUAAAGAGUAUUUUGAUAUCAACCCUUAUCACUCUACUUCAAACAUUAGUUGCAAGGAUUAAGAAUAUCGAGAUCACAGAAUUGAGCAAGCAGGCAUGGAGAGAACAACCCAAAGAAAUGAAUGAUACAAAGAUGAUAUUAUUUCUUGAUUUUACCAUGAUGUGGUUUCUACCAAUACUAGGAUUGACUAUUGAUGUGCUGUUUAUCAUAUUUGGAAUUCUUUAUGAGAAUGGAAUAUACACCCUUUCUUUCUCUUAAUCAGGCUAAAGAACACAGAUUUGUGGAUUUAUCAGAUGAAUUAGAGCAACUGUUGUUAUUUGGCAAAAAUAUUGAAAUAAAUGUUAGUUUUAUUAAAAUAAAA